AAAUGCAACGCUUUUCUUCACCUUCACAUUUUACUGUCCGACAAAGAGAAAAUUCAGAAAAGAGAGCUUCACAGUUUCUUCAGCUUCUAAAACUUUGCUCUCUCUCUCUCUCUCGCUCGCUCACUCUCUCUCUCUCUCUCUCGCUCGCUCACUCUCUCUGUCUCUCUUCUUGGCUUUUAUCUUAACUUUUGAUUUUGUUUUAAAUCUCAAAGUGGGUAAUUUCAGUCACAUCAUCAAUUAAAAAUCACUUCUUCACCACUUUCCUUUUCCUCCACUCCUUUAUUUACUUGCCAUAUCUCAAAAAACCUUCUGUAAUUGUAAUCUCUUGCUUAUGUUUAUUUUCUCUGUAAUAUAUACAUUAAAAGAAAAUCUGGGCGUGGCUUCAUUUCCCCAUUUGUUGGACUAAUCAAAGGUUUCUUUUCUUUCUCUCUUUUUUUUAUUAAUAAUUUUUGGUUUUGCAGAGAGAUGAAAAGAGCUGUGAUUAAUGAUGCUUUUAUCCAUGCAAAUUACCAUUCUCAGCCUUUGUUUCAUAUGAUUUGAUACGGAAGCAGUGCCACUGAGUUUUAGCUUGCAGUUUGCACUAACAUUGUUUGAAUGAUCUUUGAUUAUGAUAUUAACAUUGUGCUUAAUUGCAGCUUAGAGGAUUGGGGGUCAGAUAAAAAAAGGUUAAAAAUGAAUGAGAACAGGCAAAUGGAGGUUCAUUUUAUAGAUUCAGGCUUUCCUUAUACUGCUACUGAAAGCUUUAUGGACUUUUUUGAAGGUCUAGCACAUGUUCAUGUGAAUUACACUCAUGCUGGACUGAUGUAUGGUCAGGAAAAUAUAUACUGGUCAAUGAGUAUGAAUGCAUACAAAUUUGGGGUUUCGGGUCCAGAGAGUACACUUUACUGUCCAAAUGAGGUAAAUGAUCAUUUGGCAAGAACGGAUUCCCCGAGGACUUGGGACUACCCAUCGACAUAUAAUUCUGAACAACCUGCAAUUUUAGAUGUGCCUACUGGAGGAGAUGCAGUUGUGGGCAUGCAUGCUAUACCUGAAGAAUGCACUCCAAAUCAUCAAAGCAAUAGUAAUUCUCAGGUGGUUUGGCAAGACAAUAUCGACCCAGAUAACAUGACCCAUGAGGAAUUGCUCGAUUUAGGCGAGGCACUUGGAAGUCAAAGUCGGGGUCUAUCCCGUGAGCUUAUUGAAUUGCUUCCAACCUCAAGAUGCAAGUUUGGAAGUUUCUUAUUAAGGAAAAAGUCUAGAGAGAGCAGAUGUGUUAUAUUCCAGACGAGGUACAAAAUAGGUGAGCAACAAAUGAAAUUGCCAUGCAAGCACGUUUACCACUAGGAAUGCAUCAUGAAAUGGCUUAGCAUCAACAAGGUAUGCCCCGUCUGCAACAACGAAGUAUUUGGUCAAGAAUCAAGGCUUUAAAGACAACGAAAUCCGACAAGCAUUAAGAGAGUAAUCAUAGGUUGGCAUCUUUUCUUCUUUAAAACUUUGUUUCAUUAGCUUUCAUGAUAAAAUCGAUCACUUUCGAAAUAUAUUAGAGUCGCUUGAGAGUUUUGUACUCGCAUUUUGCCUGAAAAUUGUGGCAAUUGCUGUCAAUAUAUGAAAUUAGUGUAUGUAGUAGAUUGUUGGUGACACUUUUGGCUUUGAUCAUGUGAAAGUGAAACCUUACUGAUAAAUAAUUCCUUUGUCUGGGGUCAAUAUCAUCUGUUUAUAUAUCA